GGCUUCUUUAGGUAGUAUCGGUUAGUGUUUAAAAGCGUUGAUUGCCGGAAAAUGCUCUCGAAAACCAAAUUCGUGUCGCUGGUUUUGUGCGCCGUAUUUUUCAAUGGCGAAAUACAAAGUGUCAGCUGUAGACCUUUUAUACGAGAACAAUUUCAAGGCAUUAUCGAAUCAGCAACAGAUACAAUAAGAAGUAUUGUGGACUCAAUUCAUGCAACUGUGAUGGAUAAAGCGUCAACCUUGGUCUCCAAUAUAGCCACAAAAGUUGCCAAAGAUCUUUUGCCUGAAAAAUGUGAAGAUGGCGUCGACUGCGAUCGUUCCUUCCUUGAAUCCGUAAUCAGCAAAACUGCUAUCAAUCUAAUUACUGAUAGGUUGAACCCAAUGACAACAACAACAACUGAGAUGAAAACAACUGAAGAACCAGUAACCGAUGCAUCAACUACUGAUGCGCCAACCACUGAUGAUCCAACAACAGAUGCACCAUGAGCAAGCUAUGCGGGUCAAUACUACGCUCAAAUUAAAAUGUCAAAGAGUAGAUUUGAUUGAAUAUACUAAUUAUAAUGUUGGUGUAUUCAUAAAGAAAUGUAUACGAAAUAAAAAAUUGUAACCACAA